CUUAUUGUAAAAGAUACAAAACCAAGCACAGAUGAAUUGCAACUUUUCCAAUCUGUUUCCAACCACACCCAUGUUCUGAUUUUCUUUGUUUGUUUAUUCAGGAAAGAGCCCAUUUUGGGUGACAUCUUUGUUUUUCUAGUAUUUUUCUCUGGAUUCCUUAUCACAACUUAGCUAAGUUGUUGUCUUUCUUUGUCAUUCAUAGUGCAUUGCCACUCCUUGCAUUGCUCUUUUGCCCUUUCAAUUUCAGAUCUGUGAAUUGCUGUUUCUGUUUGUUGAGGAUUCAUUGUGUUCAGCUAAAGCUGGAGGUGGGUUUUUCUUUUCCUCUCUUUGUAUUGUAGUGUCUCCCAUGGUGUGGAAAACGGACAUCCAUAAAGGCUUCAACUUUCGUGCUUCCAUAUUCAAGAUCUUGGGAAAUACGAGAUUGUUUCUUUGAUUGGGUAGUGUUGGCUUUCUGGGUCUAUAUUGUUUUUUCUCUGUAUCUGAUUUGUUUUGUUAGCUUUCCCUUUCCAAACUCUGCUUCUUUUACUAAAAAUAAAUAAAAGGUCUUAUCGGGGGAAUUGUUACAAUGGUGAAUGUCCUUGGGGAGGGACUCUAUUUUGUUCUGAUUCUUGUGGUAGUGUCUGUGACAGUGAACACUGUUGAUGCUCAAACAAAGUCUAUUCUCUUAAAUUGUGGUUCAAACUCUUCUUUGAAUGUGGAUGGUAGAAGAUGGGUGGGGGACUUGGCCACCGAUAACAAUGUCACCCUAAGCACCCCCAGUGUUGUUGCCAACACUUCUACGUUAAGUGGCAGUUCAAUCUAUGAUCCUCUCUAUAAGACAGCCAGAAUUUUCACUGUUCCUUUGAAUUACACAAUCAAAGAUGUUAAAGGAAACUACUUUGUUAGGUUCCAUUUCUACCCCUUUGCGAUUGACGACUUCAAUGUGAACGAGUCUUCAUUUGGUGUUGUGGUCAAUGGUCUGAAAUUGUUAUCAGAGUUUGAUGUUCCUGGUAAGAUAUCCCACAAGAAUAUGAACUUGCUGAAUUCUGGAAGAAAUGCCACUUCAUUCUUCUUGGUAAAAGAAUAUAUUCUGACUGUGAAUGGGGAUAUGCUUGUGAUUGAGUUCGUUCCAGCCAGCAGCUCCUUUGGCUUCAUCAAUGCCAUUGAGAUUGUCCCAGUUGUGGGUGAGCUUUUUGCUGGCUCAGUUAGUAAAGUUGGUGGUGGAAACUUCAAUUUGUCCGGACAUGGGAUGGAGACCAUGUAUAGGCUGAAUGUCGGUGGUCCUGAGGUUCAGUCCAACGAGGAUCGUGAUCUUUGGAGAACAUGGGAAGUGGAUUCUGGUUAUAUGAUCAUAGAAAAUGCUGGGUCUGGAAUUAAGAACAGUUCUAACAUUACAUAUUCUUCCGUGAAUGAUACUUCGGUGGCUCCUCUCCUGGUGUAUGAAACUGCGAGGGCAAUGUCCAACACUGAAGUCUUGGACAAAAGGUUCAACAUGUCAUGGAAAUUUGAAGUAGAUCCCGACUUUGAUUAUCUGAUCCGUUUGCAUUUCUGUGAGCUGGUUUAUGACAGGGCAAAUGAGAGAAUAUUUAGGAUCUACAUAAACAAUAGGACAGCUGCGGAUAAUUUUGAUGUGUUUGUGCGUGCUGGAGGGAUGAAUAGAGCAUAUCACUUGGACUAUUUUGAUCCUGUGUCAUCAAAGAUUGACACGGUUUGGGUUCAACUGGGUCCUGACACAGCUGCUGGUGCUGCAGGAACCGAUGCUCUCUUGAAUGGUCUGGAGGUUUUCAAGCUUAGUCGAAAUGGAAAUCUUGCCCGUGUUGAGAGGUUUGACAUAGGUGGAAAUCCAGGGAGCAAAUCAAAAGCAAUGGUUGUUUGGGUGGGAGUUGGAGCAGGUGUAGCUUUAUUAGCCAUAGUUGCACUUAUAGUUCUUGUGUUCUGUUUCUGUAAAAGCAGGAAGAAGGAAUCAAGUGACACCAAAAACAACCCUCAGGGUUGGAGGCCAUUGUUUCUCUAUGGAGGAGCUGCUGUUAACAACUCUGUGGGUGGGAAGGGAUCAGCAGGAACCCAGAAGCUAUAUGGAUCCGUGGCCUCAGUCAGAGUUGGGAAGAGGUUUACAUUGGCAGAAAUCAAUGCUGCAACAAACAACUUUGAUGAAAGUUUGGUGAUUGGAGUUGGAGGCUUUGGAAAGGUGUAUAAGGGGGAGAUUGAAGAUGGUGUUCUGGCUGCAAUUAAGCGAGCCAACCCUCAGUCUGAACAAGGGCUCGCUGAAUUUGAGACAGAAAUUGAGAUGCUGUCAAAACUCAGACACAGGCAUCUGGUGUCCUUAAUUGGUUUCUGUGAAGAGAAUAAUGAAAUGAUCUUGGUUUAUGAGUACAUGGCCAAUGGAACUCUCAGAAGCCACCUAUUUGGGAGUGAUCUCCCUCCAUUGCCUUGGAAGCAGCGCUUAGAAGUGUGCAUUGGUGCUGCAAGGGGAUUGCACUACCUUCACACAGGUGCUGACCGAGGAAUCAUUCACAGGGAUGUCAAGACAACAAAUAUUCUGCUAGAUGAGAACUUUGUGGCCAAAAUGGCUGAUUUUGGCUUGUCAAAAGAUGGUCCAGCUUUUGAACAUACCCAUGUUAGCACAGCUGUGAAAGGAAGUUUUGGCUAUCUUGAUCCUGAGUACUUCAGAAGGCAGCAAUUGACUGAGAAAUCAGAUGUAUACUCUUUUGGAGUUGUGUUGUUUGAAGUUGUUUGUGCUAGAGCUGUGAUAAACCCCACCUUGCCUAAAGAUCAGAUCAAUCUUGCAGAAUGGGCAAUGAGAUGGCAAAGGCAAAGAUCACUUGACACGAUCAUUGACCCUCAUCUCAGAGGAAACUAUUGUCCUGAAUCAUUGUCCAAGUUUGGAGAGAUUGCAGAAAAAUGUCUUGCUGAUGAUGGAAAGAGCCGUCCCACCAUGGGGGAGGUGUUGUGGCAUUUGGAGUAUGUGUUGCAACUACAUGAAGCAUGGCUGAACAGGGACACCACAGAAAGUUCCUUCUCUGGUAGUAAUAAUUCUUUGAGAGGUCCAAAAGAUGAAGGACUAGAAAUGGUGCAAGAAUCUUCAAGCCAAGAUGAAGUUGGUUUUGAUCACAAACACAAAGCUGAAUCUGAUUGAGUCCACACAACAAGAGAAUGAGUAAGAGAAGUGAGUGCUGCAAUUUGAGUUCAGUGAUUUCUGAAUGCUAGUGAGUAACUGCACUGGAGAACCAUGAAUGAAUUAAUGACCUUAUAGCAAAUAUAUGCUUUACAUAUUCUUUCAAUUUGUUUUAUUGAAUUCAACUAUUCAUGUUUACUGUUACUAUUUUUCAUCUUAUUUUUGUAUACAUGGUAGUGCAAUGGGCAAGUUAUUAUUGGCAUUUUGCCUAAAACAGGUACCAAAGUUUGUUAUAUGCUCUCCUUUUUAUUGAGUAUGCAA